AUGCGUGAGCUGUCUUUCCCAGACAACCUUGCACAGUUGGGAGCCGACAAUGACUGGAAAAGUGUAGAACAAGCAAUUGAACCGGGCUUGCGGUGCUUGGUUACUAGUGCUGAAGCAGAAGAGUUGGUUGAUACAGUUCGACUGCGAGUGAAUAAAAUCGAACCUGUUUCUGCCGUUCCUGGCGCCUUUGCCGCUAUACACUUCUUGCUGUGGAGCUCCUCCACGGCAAAAGAUGAUGCGAAGCUCCUGAAAAAGCUACUUUGGGUUGGAUCGGAUCCAGACUUAGCCAGCGGAGGAGCUGCAGGAUGGAAACCGUCUCAUUAUUGCGCAGCGAAAGGCUGGAUUAAUUGUCUGCAAGCCUUAAUCGACGCAGGCAUUGACUUUGAGGCCGAGUCUGCAAGACCCAAAGAAACUCCUGUAGUGGUUGCCACGAGGAACAAGCAAGUUACCGCAUUACAACUUUUGAACGAGAGCAAAUCAGUUGGGAAGAAAUCAUUGGCGCAAUUGUCUUCAGAACAAGCAUGGUUUGCUGUUCUGAAUCGUCUCAGGAGGCGAUUAGUAGCCUUCAACGAUUUCGUGGAAACAGUCGACGGAAUGACUGCAUUACAGUGGGCUGAGUUUCACAAGAGCACUGUUGCAGAGGAGGUUCGGUACUGGUUUAUGAAGUUUCUACCUCCAUGCCGCACUCCAUUAGCAAGCGAAGAGAGCGAAAUGUUGAAACAUUUGCGUGUACUCAUCGAGAAACAACAGCAAGUCAUGAACGACGUUGUGUCCCGUUUGAUCGGACUGGAGGCAAAAUUUCGAGCGUUGGACGUUCUCAGUCAUGGGUCUUCGUCUUCACUGAGUGGAGAAGCCGUGUUAGCCCUGGAAGGAAAACUUGAUUCGUUCGAAACCGCUGUCGUGGAACGUGACGCCGUUUUGCACGCUAACCUUGCUCGAUUGCAAACGCAAAUUGAAGCUUUGAGUGACAAAGUUUUCGAAAAGUAAUGGUGAAAAUUCAAGUGUCGUGCGUCCGAAGGUGCGUGUUGGGCUGUGAAUGUGACCGAAUCCUCACUUGUAGAAUUGUGUUCGAUUAACUGCUGUCUUAUUGAUCCAGUUUGUAAUUCUUAAUGAAGAAUAACAGGGUGAACAGUGA